AUGAAGUUUCCUUUCAAUUAGAGAAGAAAUCAUUUUGAAUAAAAAAUAUAAUUAAUGUAGAUGUAAGUAAGUGUGGGUGUUCUUUUCUUCAUUUAUGCAAAUAAAUGGAUUCUCACAAUUUUAUUGAUAAGGAAUUGUAUAGUUUCAGAUACAGAAUGCCAUUUAUUUCCUUCAUAUAAACAAAUUUAAAAAGAUUUUUGA